GUUGGGUUUAGCGCCCAGACUCGCUGCUACUUCUCUUUUCCAUUGCCGUCUACGCUAUCCUUCUCUUCCUCUUCACAUACAAUACUUUUCUGCAUCACGUCGUUUCCAUUUCCGGUCGAUGCACAUUUAUCCAUUGUCGCCAAUUGGGUAGACGGCAAACCAUCGCGCCCACACACACCACUGCGCAUCCUCACCCCCAAUACAAGCAACUGCUUAAUUCCGCUCGCGCCCACCCGCCAACUACGUACUGCAGCGCAUCACCCCCGCCCUUUCCAUCACACAAAAUGACAAAGUCUGCCGUGUCCUCCGGCAGGCUCAAGUACGCCCAGCCACAGGACCUGCCUAGCUACCCAUCGGCGGGCUUGAGCUCUGGUGACGCCGCUGCGAGCGCUGCCGCAAGCCUCGGAUGGGCAAAUCAGAAAUCCCCCGAGCCAUGGAGACCUGACAAGGCGACAUCUGCAUCGGCAGCUGCCGCUCUCGCGAAGGACGCAACAGCACCGGCUGUCAGAGACAUCCCGGCUGCUCCUGCUGCUGCCUCGACAGGUGCCAGCAAAGCUGCCUUACUCGCCGUCGGCUCCGCCAGCGCGGCUCUUAAGGCAUCACCACUAACGCCCGAGAAGAAAGAAAAGUCCAACAAACAUCAGAAAUGGGGCAGCUCAGCAGCAACGCAGGCUUUCAACGCCAAUCGUCCAGCGUCCGUAGAGCCUGCCAGCCUGGCGCCUGGAAGCUCUGCCGCUACGCAAGCCUUUCAAAAUAACCGCAACUCUGUCGUUCGCACACCUGAACCUCCCGUUACCCCGUCUCGCGGAGAUCGUUCUCUAGCUGCUGCGAAGGGAGCCAUGUCUAGCUCUAAGAAGCCUCAUGCUCCCGCAUCUCCUGCUAGUCAGUCUCUUGAAAAUCGCCGCCUUGAAGAAGCUGCUGCAUCUAGCGCCCUCAAUGGCGCCGCCCUUGCCCAUCGCAAUUCUCUCAUGGUCAAGGCCCCAAUCGAAGAGACCGGUGCAGUUCCAGUCACCACCAUGACACGGAACAUGUUCACAUCUCACCCACCUGUUAAGCCCGAAGUAGACGAGAAGACCAACACCGACCGCCUUCACCAGACUGCCGUCGAAAUGGCUCGCAAGAUGUAUAGCCAGCAGCAAAAGGCGAUGGAGCAAGCCAAGGAGAACCAGGGCGAGGACUCGACCACUCCCUACGCAGGCUCAUACCUUAAUCUUCAGGAUGCUGCGUUCAAGCAGGCCCACGAGCGACUUGCCAAGCUCCAUGAUGAGCAUCAGCAAGGCCGCGAAUUCCAGGAAUACUAUGGCAAUACUACUAGCACCAGCCCGCGACGCAAAUUUUCUAUCGCUAACAAGCUUCGCCGCCACACCUCCAUCGACUCCGACGACCUCGAAGACGACCGCGAACGCUCCAACAAGAUCAGAGAGCAAAUGUCCAUGUUCUCCAGCAAAUUGUCUCAGGUUGACAAAGAGAAGCGUGACAAGGAUCGUGAGGCUCUGCUAGCAGCGGCGCAGCGCAACGUCAAGGCCCGCCUUCAGGGCAUGGAUGAGAAAGCCUCCCUACAGACGGGCAAGCGUAACUCGACUAGACUCACUGACUUUGAGCUGAAGGCUCAACAGGCUGCCCAGGCGCGUCACGAGACGCGAGGUGAAACUAAGGGCAAGAUCAAUAUUGGAGGCGGCAAGUUUAUGGACGCCGACGAAAUUAACGCCAUUGCUGCCAAGAAGAUGCAACCACUCUUAGAUGAUAUCAAUGAAAAGGCUGAGACAGAGCGGGCCAGACUGGAGGCUUUGAAACAGGCUGAAGAUGCUCGCAAGGAAGAGUUGGAACGACAGAAGGCCCGUGAGCGACAAGAAAAGGACGAAAUUCGCAAGCAAAAGGAACAGGAGAAACAUGCUGAGAGGAUGAAGAAGCAGCAGGCUAAAGAAGAAGAGCAUGCGCGCAAGGAGCAGGAGAAGGCAAAGAAGAACCAGGAGAAGCAAGAAGAGAAGGCCCGCAAAGAAGCUGCCAAGGAAGAGAAACGCAAAUCAAAGAUGCUCGCUCACCCACCUGCCGCUGUAGCAUCCACUCCUGCUGUUGAGCACAACGAGCCCCAUGAGGCCGAGGAAGAAGAUGACGAGCAUACCGCUGAGACCACUACCGUGGGUGAGAGUAUCGCUCACACAGAGGGCGCUGAGAGUGGCCGACAGAUGUUUGUUGACUCAACGCCAAAGUCAAAAUCCAAGGUGACGCGUUGGUUGUCGAAGCGCUUCUCACGAACCAUCUCUGUAAGCGAGAAGGAGGGCAACGAGAAGCGUCGCAGUAUUUUUGGCUCACCCAAGACGACGAACACGGUGGCAGUAGUGGUCCCCGAGACUGAGGAGGCUCACCCUGUGGCUGAGGCAGAGGUUCCAGUGGCCCAUAACGAGGACGAGGACGAGGACGAGACAGAGGACGACUUUUCUCCCGCUCUUGAAACACCUGUGCUGGACACUGAUGUUGACCACGCUGCCACUGUCGAUCAUGAGACGGACUCUCGUGGUGUCAGCCCAAUUACGCCUGCGCAAGAGGCCGACAAGAAACUCGAGGCGCCUGCUAGUACCGAGCACGAAACACAAGAAGCUGAUGGCGACAAGGAUACCAAGGAAGCCGAGGAGCACGGCCUGGAACCGCCCAAAACAGAGGAGGCCGUUGGUCGCAGCAGCUUCAGCUCAAGCCGCAGAUCUCACUUCAAGGAAGAGGUUUAG